AUGUCCUCCGUCAACGAUAACGCCCCCUCGCCGCUCCCGGCGGAUGGGGUGAGCAAGCGCAAACAAGGCUCCGCAGCUUGUGUCCACUGUCACCGGCGCAAGGUUCGCUGCGAUGCCCGUACCGUCGGGACACCCUGCACUAACUGUCGCGCCUCCGGAAAGGCCGACUGUCGCAUACACGAAAAGAAAAAGCGUCUUGCAAGUGGCCAUGCUACACCAGUAUCUGGAGGCCUUCCGCAACAUGGAUUUCAGCAAGGCACGGGAUCGGAUACAUUUGGCCGCCACGGCCCCGAUAUGGCGCAUGCCCACGAGGCACACACGGAGAUGGAGCAACAUCUCGUCAAAUUGAUAGAUGAAGAGGAAUCCGGCAGAAGAGAGAUCCAAAGAGGCGUGCGCGCCUUCUAUGUCGGACAUGAACAUUCCAACAUGUCAUUCUUGUUCCGACAACAACGAGAACAAGAUGACGAUGUAUACCAUUUUGCGAGCAACGAAAUCCCACGGCGUCAAAUGAAGACGGGUCACGAUCAGCUUCUUAUGGAUGCUCUAACACUUCCAGAACCGGCUCUGGCAGAUGAAUUGGUCCAGGCUUAUUUCACAUACGUCAAUCCGGGGUACCCUAUCGUCGACGAAGAUUUAUUCAUGACGCAAUACCGAAAUCGAGAUCCUGCAGAUCCUCCGCCAGUUCUACUUCUUCAAGCAAUUUUGCUAGUUGGGGCGCAUGUUUCUCGUGGAAAAGCAGAGCGAGACGCUCUCAAAGAAAUUUUUUUCCGCCGCACCAAGUAUCUGUUUGACAAUCGUAUCGAGCGAAAUCGCGACAUUCUUGUUCAAGCGGCCCUUCUUUUGACGUGGCAUUCUGAUAGCGCAGAUGAUGAUGUUGCUGCAGAUGCUCACUUUUGGGUUGGAGCCGCUGCACGUAUCGCCACGGGACUUGGAAUGCACCGUAAUCCCGUCUCCAGUAGCUUCGUGACUCGCGAUCGGCGAAUGUGGCGGAGAGUUUGGUUCAUUCUGGUCCAAUUUGAUGUGUUGAUUUCCCUGUCAUAUGGCCGACCUCAAGCGAUCAAUUUGGACGAUUCCGAUGUGUCUCCGUUGACGCCCGCCGAUUUUGAGAAUUGCGGCCCUCUUGUACAAGCAGAUUAUGUGAUCCAUUUUACCGAACUAUGUACGAUGAUUUCGUACCUCAUUCGCGAUCGAUUUGGACUUCGGGCAAGCGAGGAACGGCGAAAGGCCGUCCUUCAGGAAGCCGACGGAUCACUGGCAACCUGGUCUCUGAAACUUCCUGAUAAUCUUCGCCUUCGUGCGUCUGAUAUGGACCCUUGGUCCGCCAUGCUCCAUUUGACCUACAACAACUUCCUCAUUCUGCUGCAUCGGCCCCAUCCAAGAGCCUCGGCCUAUUCCGAUGAUUAUGGCCCUCACGAUGCAGAAAUUUGUAGUGCGGCCGCCGGGGUUAUAGCCUCAAUAUUCGAAGAGCUCAGGAUGCAUGAGCGCUUGAAGUUCCUUUGGUACACUGGCGUCCAUACACUCUUCACGGCCAUGAUUCAAGUCCGAGUUGAGCUCCGCUUCUCCAAUCCUGUUCUUGCCAUCAAUGCCUUACGCCGCUUUGAUUCCGCCUCUUACUCGCUGCGCGAGUUAGCUCAAUACUGGGUUCAUGCUGGCACAAUCCUGCGACUCUUCGAAGACUCUAAGCGUCUGCAAGAGGAUCUUCGGAUGGCAACUACGGAACGACCCAAGCCGUUUAACGACACUCAUCACGCGCAUAAGAUGCCCGUUGCCUCUCCUGUUCCAUCAAUUACCAUGCAAACCCCCGGACCACUCUCUUUCGGUGUGGCCACUCCCGAAUCUACCCCUCUCCAACAGACGACCCUCUCACCACAACCCAAUCCUCAAUUCAAUAAUUGGAUUGCCCCUCUCCGGCUUAAUGUUGGCCCGCUAGAAAGGAACGAUCCUUUCUCAAGCAGCAUGCAAGUGGAUUCCAUUGAGCCAGCUCGCGACUACCCGGACUGGCGACAGUUGUUUGCCUUCGGUGAUGUAGACCUACCUCCCCUGUGGGCGUGGAAGGUCUGCCCGAGCUUGAAGAUGAAUGGCGGCAGAUAUACUGGCAGGAUGCCCCGAUGGCCGAUCUUAUUCACGAUGGAGGAUGGAUACAUAGCUAGCUUUGACUCGCUACCUCUGGUUGAUGACUGUAUAGAGCUGUCAUCUCUUCCAUCGCCUGCUCUCCACACACCUUUUCUACUUUGA